AUGUCUACAGAAUUCUCCAAGUUCGCCUCGAGGAGGUCGACGGUCUACUCUACGAAGGGAAUGGUGGCAUCUUCACAGCCUGCUGCCAAUGCUGCUGGCCUCAAAAUCUUAUCUAAAGGGGGUAACUGCGUCGACGCUUGCAUAGCAUUAGCAGCGGCCCUUUGUAUCACAGAACCCGGAUCGACAGGAAUCGGUGGGGACUGCUUCGCUUUGUACUAUAAGAAUUCCACCAAGGAAGUUUUGGGCCUUAAUGGCUGUGGGAGAGCUGCCAAAAACUUGACUAUUCAAGAUGUGUGGGAUGAAUUGAACGAGGGAAAAUCCAUGGCAAGAAUUCCAUAUACAUCUGCUUUUGCUAUAAAUGUACCUGGGGCCAUCGCUGGAUGGUUUGAUGCCUAUGAAUCCUGGGGAUCAGGCAAUGUCAGCUUUGAAGAGAUUUUGGAGCCAGCCAUUGAGUUAGCUGAUAAGGGCUUUGCCGUAUGCGAAAUGGCAGCGAGAAGCUGGAGAAACUCCACCCCAAAGAUUAUCAAACUGAACCCCAAUUUGGAACCCCAAGAUAUCCCGGUUUUGAUUAAUGGCAAAGGCCCCGACGAAGGUGACUUUGUGACCAACAAGUCCAUAGCCAAAGCGUUGGAAAUUAUUGGAGAAAAGGGUAAAAAGGGCUUUUAUACUGGGCCGGUUGCGAAAGCUAUUAUCAACCAAACUGAUUCUAGACACCACAAAUUGACGCUUGAGGAUCUUGAAGCACACACUUCGACAUUUGUAGAGCCUAUCCAGUACGAUUUCUUUGGCUACACGAUUUGGGAGAUUCCUCCUAAUGGGCAGGGUCUUGUUGCCUUGGUUGCAUUGGGGGUGAUCCAAGAGCUUCAUAAGGCUGGGAAAAUAGACGUUUUCCAAUUGGAGCACAACUCGUCCGAAUAUUUACAUUUGCUUAUUGAGACCUUGAAAAUAGGGUUCUACGAAGCCAAUGACUCGGUGACUGAUCCCGAGUUCAAGGAUAUCCCUGUGUCUAAGAUUUUGUCUUCUGAGUAUUUGGAAAAGAAGUCCCAGUUGUUCAGUAAGGAUAAGAUCAUCAAUUCUUCUAUGUUUGGGGUGCCAAUUCCUGAUCCCAAAUUCAAAACUGAUACUACUUACUUCACUGCCUCCGAUGCCAAUGGUGAUGCCUGUUCCUUCAUCAACUCAGUAUACCAGGGGUUUGGAGGAGGUAUUUGUGUGCCUGAGUAUGGCUUUUGUCUCCACAACAGAGGAGCUAAUUUCAAUUUGACCCCUGGAGCUACAAACUGUCUAGAAGGUGGAAAGAGGCCUUACCAUACGAUCAUUCCUUCGAUGAUCACCAAAAAAGGAGAACUUUUCGCUUCUUUUGGAAACAUGGGUGGAUACAUGCAACCAAUUGGACAUGUUCUUCACGUUAUGAAUCUCUGCGUAUUUGGAUUUACUCCCCAACAAUCGGUAGAUCUGCCCCGGUUCUUACUUGAUGCUGAUACUUCGACUCCAGAUUCUGGUUUGGGUGGUGAUGGGCCUGUGAGCACCAAUGUUACUAAUGUGUUAAUCGAAGAAGGGAUUAGCGAAGAGACUUAUCAGAAGUUGACUAAGCUAGGUCAUAGAACUAGCUGGGUAAGAGACAAUGCCCGUACGACAUUUGGCAGAGCUCAGAUCAUCAAGAAUGAGUCGAAAAAUGGACACUUAAUUUAUGCUGCUGGCUCAGAAAUUAGAGCUGAUGGAGCUGCUAUUCCAUUUUUGUGA